GCAGGGGCGCAGCGAUCCUUCCAUCCCCAGCGUGGGGACCAGACGCAGCCGCCUCGGUUCCCACUGCGCUCGGCAGGCAGCCGCCGAGUCUGCGAGGUUCCAGGAGUCAGGGAGCGGGCUUCCUUCGCGGGCCGCCCGUGGAAGGGGAAAAGAAUUUCCACCUUCGGGGCUGGCGCUCUCUCUACGCUUUCUGCUUUGCUCCUUGGGGGACCAUGGGGAGCCCGACGGCGUCGGAGGUGCACCCCACCGUGGGGGUCAAGAUCUUCUCCGCCGGAGUGUCAGCCUGCUUGGCGGACGUGAUCACUUUCCCGCUGGACACCGCCAAAGUCCGCCUGCAGAUCCAAGGUGAAAGCCAGAUCUCCAGCGGUAUUCGGUAUAAAGGGGUCCUGGGAACUAUCACCACUCUGGCGAAGACCGAAGGGCCCGUGAAGCUGUACAGCGGGCUGCCCGCCGGCCUGCAGAGGCAAAUAAGCUUCGCCUCCCUCAGGAUCGGCCUCUAUGACACCGUCCAGGAGUUCUACACCUCGGAGAAAGACACAACACCUAGUUUGGGAAAUAGGAUCGCAGCUGGCUUAACCACUGGAGGAGUGGCAGUAUUCAUCGGACAGCCCACAGAGGUCGUGAAAGUCAGACUCCAGGCACAGAGCCAUCUUCACGGCCUCAAACCACGCUACACUGGGACUUACAAUGCUUACAGAAUUAUAGCUACAACAGAAAGCUUGAAAAGUCUUUGGAAAGGGACUACUCCCAAUCUGUUGAGAAAUAUUAUCAUCAAUUGCACGGAGCUAGUAACGUAUGACCUGAUGAAGGGCGCCCUUGUGAGAAACAAGAUACUAGCAGAUGACAUCCCCUGCCACUUACUGUCUGCUCUUAUUGCUGGGUUUUGCACAACGCUUCUGUCCUCUCCUGUGGAUGUGGUGAAAACCAGAUUUAUUAAUUCUGCACCGGGACAGUAUGUAAGUGUGCCCAGCUGCGCGAUGACCAUGCUCAACAAGGAAGGACCAACAGCUUUUUUCAAGGGAUUUGUGCCUUCCUUCCUGCGCCUCGCAUCCUGGAACGUUAUUAUGUUCGUUUGCUUCGAGCAGCUGAAGCGAGAGCUGACGAAGUCAGGGCAGUCCGCGGACUACGCCGCCUAGUCAGCUUCCAGAAAAGGACGAUACGUGGGGACAUCUUUGCUGAUGAGAAAUUAAUAAAAACAAAACCCCAAAGCCCAAAACUCUUUUUACUUCAUUUCACCCUAAAAAUAUAAAUUCCAGUAGGAAUUUAAGAAUUUAAAUUCCU